ACAUAACGAUGAAAUCAAUAGAAAUUGCUGUGGUUGCAGCCAUCUUGGCUGUUUUAGUGGUUUGCACAGGAGCCAGACCUCAAAGUGAGAGCCGACAGAUCCUAAUCCUGAGAUCUGGUCACAGUGACAUUAUCUACAAAAGACCAGAUCAAGAGUCUCCAUUGUGGCCUAAGGAGGAAGAGCAAGAACGUCCAAGCCCACCAGAAAGCUCAACUGAAAGUGCCGAGGAGUCUAAGCCAUCAGAGAAUGAAGAUCAAUCUAAUGAGAAAUCAAAUGAAAGCGGUUCUGGAUCUGAAGACGAAUCGGAUGAAUCCAAAUCAUCUAGCAGCCAAGAAAAUUCUGUAGAGGAAUCGAACGAACAUCAGCGACCUCCCCAUGGCCAACGUCCCUCUCAUGGCCAGCGCCCUCCUCAUGGCCAGCGGCCCCCACAUGGACAGCGUCCACCACAUGGCCAUCGUCCACCCCACCGGCCACCACAUCGUCCAACUCCUCCACCAGAAGACGACAGCACCACCAUUGAGCCCGAGGAUUCAACAACUAUCGAGCCCGAGGACUCAACAACCAUUGAGCCUGAGGAUUCGACUACCCUUGAAGCUUAGAGAUGACCUAACAGUUCCUAACUAAUACCUAAAACGAUUUUGAAUACAAUAACAAAGCCAUAUUUUACAUAGCAGUGUGUAUUAUGUGGUGCAGAAAAAACUGUAAA